CCACCCCGGAUCCGGAAGGGGCUGCCCGCGGCAGGAGGGGGAGGGCUGUACGGGGCAGGGAGGCUGCCUCAGCUACUUGGGCCUGGGUCCGGACGGGGCUGCUGGGCUGCAGAAACAUGACGCCGGAGGAGUGGAAGUAUCUUGCGAUCCUCCUUAUCUCCAUCCCUGUGGGCUUCCUCUUUAAGAAAGCGGGUCCCGGGCUGAAGCAAUGGGGAGCGGCAGGGGUGGGUGUGGCCCUGACCCUGCUCACCUGUGGGCCCCACAUUCUACACUCGCUGGUCACCAUCCUUGGCACCUGGAUCAUCAUGGAGACCUGGCCCAGGUCCUGCCACGCCCUGGCCCUGGCCUGGACCUUCCUCUAUCUCCUGUUCUUCCGAAUGGUCACUGUAUUUGGGCUUCCGGCCCCUACGCCCUUCACCAAUGCCGUGCAGCUGCUGCUCACCCUCAAGCUGGUGAGCCUUGCCAGUGAGGUGCAGGAGCUGCGGGCACAGAAGGAAGACCCCCCGAAGCCUCCGCCCGUGGGGCAGCUUCUUGCCGUGCCCUCACUGCCCCAGACGCUCAGCUACAGCUACUGCUACGUGGGCCUCCUCACGGGCCCCUUCUACCGCUACCGUACCUACCACGACUGGCUGCACCAGGGACCAGCGGUGCCCAGCCUGGAGCCGCUGUUGCUCCGGGCCCGGCCUGCCCCCUUCUUCGGGCUGCUCUUCCUGCUGUCCUCCUGGCUCUUCCCCCUGGAGGCCGUACGGGAAGAUGCCUUCUACAGCCGAUCCGUGGCAUUUCGCCUCUUCUACAUGGUGCCCGUCUUCUUUGCAUUCCGAAUGCGCUUCUAUGUGGCCUGGAUCGCAGCUGAGUGUGACUGCAUAGCCGCGGGAUUUGGGGCGUACCCCGUGGGGGCCAAGUCGAGGGCUGGGGGCGGCCCCACCCAGCCCUGCCCUGCCCCAGACAGCCCUGAAGCUGCGGCAGCCACCAAAUAUGACUACGAGACCAUCCGCAACAUCGACUGUCACGGGACGGACUUCUGUGUGCGUGUCCGGGAUGGGAUGCGGUACUGGAACAUGACGGUGCAGUGGUGGCUGGCUCAGUAUAUCUACAAGAGCGCUCCAGCCCGCUCUUACGUGCUGAGGAGUGCCUGGACCAUGCUGCUGAGCGCCUACUGGCACGGCAUCCACCCUGGCUACUACCUGAGCUUCCUGACCAUCCCCUUGUGCCUGGCUGCCGAGGGCUGCCUGGAGUCGGGCCUUCGCAACCGCCUCAACCCCAAGGCCCAGCAGGCUUGGGACUGGGCACACUGGUUUCUGAAGAUGCGGGCCUAUGACUACAUGUGCAUGGGCUUCGUCCUGCUCUCUCUACAGGACACCCUCCGCUACUGGGCCUCCAUCUAUUUCUGCAUCCACCUUCUGGCCCUGGCAGGCCUGGGGCUGGGGCUAGCCCUGGGGGGAGGGGGCCCUGGUCGCAGGGGAGGGGGCGCCAGGGCUGAAGCCAAGACUCCCCCAAACAAGCCUCCCACACCCCCAGACAAGUUACGAGAGGAGUGAGGGACCCCUGGGGCUGAGCAGGGCAAGUCCAGGCACUGAGCUCCCCCAAACUUUGAGGGGACACCAGAAUCCCCAGGUGGCCUGAAGGCUAAGGGGGCUGGAGACCCGGAAGCCUGGAUCCCAGAAGAGACAGGAGGAUCGGGCCCCCUGGGUCCCUGAGAGAGCAGGACGUGAUGAGCCUUAUUCCUGGGGGCUGAUAUGGCUGGAAACCCCGAUGCCAGCCUCCCCCCAGGCCGGCUCCGUGGGGGGAAAAUUUUAACUUUCUCAAUAAAGAGCCUUGGACAAAA